CUGUGUGGAAUGCGGAACCAUGGGAUGCUGACGUCAGCGACCAGCUGAUCAACAACAACAACAAGCUUCACGGCGCGGGAGUCGCUGUUAUGACGCUUUUACUAUAAUUCCAACAAUUUGCAGAGACAACGAGUCUACAGUCCCCGACGGCUGCGAUGCCACAGCCCUAUCAUUCAGUGAAAGCUACAAAUACGUGUGUUUUGCAUCGUAUCAUAUAGGGAAGUGAAAUAGCAGAGUAAACAGUGAAAGUGUUAUUGUUAUUGUGGUGGUAUAUCCCUGGCGACAUCGAUGCCACAGCCCAGUGCAGUGUGAACCAGCGUGUUUGCGUGCGAUCUACAACUCAACAUAUAGGCAGGGACCUAAAGCAGAGUAAAUAGAUAUGAAGUGCUACAUAAAAAAAGUGUAUUCCAAGGUGAUUAUUUGUUUAUGGAUUACCUUCCAAGAUGAGGAGUGGCAGCUGGAGGACAGAAGCAGCGCUACACUCUCCGUGGACACUGACUACGUGCAGCUGUUAGGGAACACCCUGGACCACCCCACGUGUCCGCUGGAAGACCUGCCUCUGGAAGCCCUUAAGCAGCGCGAGCAGUGCUGUGUGCAGCUGUGGGAGGACGUGGUGCAGAGGUCGCCCCACAUACCCAUCACGAGCUACCUGGCCUACAUGCAGAGGGCAAACGUCAACCUCUGUCUGCUGGCCUGGAUGGCAGUCAACUCGUACAGCAUUCGCCAGGGCAUCCCGUUUAGUAUGAUUCAGUCCGUGAGUGAUGCUCGCUGCUACUUCGAUAGUCCUGAUGAUAAAUCGCGUCUGGAAUCGAACGCUACAGAUGCCAUCUGCUCUGUAUCCAGAGCUAUUCUGCUGCUGAAGUGUCGCGACUUUCCCUCCACUAAGGCUUCCGAUAUUUGCAUCAUUUAUUACCCAUUUAUAAAACAAUAUAGUUCUAGCAGCAUACUGUAUCAAAAGCUAACAGAAGAAACUGAACUGCAAAAACCGUUUAAAGAACGACAACUUGAAAUAUAAGGAUUUCAAAAUCGAUAGUUUAAAGCCUUUAGAAAUCUCAUUUAGACUGGUAAACAUUAUUUUCCGCUUUUCGACAGCCGGAGUAUACAUGUACCUUCCCCAGUUAUGUAACCUGCCUGGAAAGAUACUUUUGUCCUUUCAGAUCACGUGCAUAAUCCAGAUCCUAUGUUCUGAGGUCGUGUAUCGUUUGGCAGGCGUCCCUGACUUACCGACGGCAGUGCUGGUAGAUAGCGCCCUCACACUUCUCAGCUGUUUCUGGCUAAACUCAUUCUGCUACCACAUGUAUGCUUUUGUUCGUCAUCUCAGGCUUCCUAACGACCUGCUACCUGCUGAAGUAAGCAAGUUAUUCUGUCGUUAGGUGUUGUACGUGUUAAUACCGUGGAGUAUAGUAUGUGUGGCAGCUGUUGCUUUGGAAAAGACAAGUAAAUAUUACGUGAUCCAGUCAUAUUCUAGUCCUUGUGGGCAUUUCUCUGUCAGUGGCUUUCAAUUUGGUUUGUCUCGGACUGGUUGGACACAUGUACCUACAUAAUUGGUAUUCCAUGUGGCAACUCAAAAUUGUUAAUAACAAUAAAUUUGCCUCAAAGAAGCAAUGUCUUUUUAUGUCAGUUAAGGCUGUCAUCGUAACUGGAAUAGGUAUUCCAAUUAGAAUUGGGUUCCACCAGGCUCAAGGAAUUGCACAGUUUGUCUAUUACGUACACCUAGUUGCAAUGGUGCAAGGACCAGUGCUCUUCGUCUGUUUCGUUUGUAAUGGAACGACACUCCCCAUACUGAAGAACAGGAUACUAGUGUGGUUUAACCCAACUAAAAUCCCUGCAGGGGGACACCUCUGCUCAGCAGCUGAGAGGAAUCUGGCCAGGAGAAGCAAUGAACAGUCUCUUGUUACAGAAUCCUCUCUAUAGCCUCCUUCAGUAUUUUUCUCCAGUAACUGUCUUGACAGUAGAUUGCAUUAAAGCGUGCAAUAAAAGUGAAAUCUAUCUGAUAUGACAACAUUAAAUGUAAUUAAAUGUGAUAUCGUACAGCCAUUACUUCUCUUUCCCAAUGUCUUCUUUAUUUUUAACUGUCUACUUACUUGGAAGUGGUAGCCUCUGUCUAUGUAUGAGUGAAAUCUAUCUGAUAUGACAACAUUGAAUGUAAUUAAAUGUGAUAUUGUACAGCCAUUA